UGUGCGCGCGGCCGCCGCGCUCGCCCGCCUGUCUAAAAUGGCCGCCGCCGCCUCUGCUCCUGCCGCCGCCGCUGCGGGGGCUCCCGCGGCUCCCGCCGCGCACGCGGCGCCGCCCACCGAGAGCAAGAGGAUCAGCGACCUGCGUGUCAUCGACCUCAAGUCGGAGCUGAAGCGGCGCAACCUGGACAUCACCGGCGUGAAGACAGUGCUCAUCGCCCGUCUCAAGCAGGCUAUUGAAGAGGAAGGAGGUGAUCCUGAUAAUAUUGAAAUAAGUGUUUCAGCUGACACACCCACCAAGAAACCAGCUAAAGGCAAAGGUAAAAAGCAGGAAGCUGAUGAAUUGGCUGGUGAUGCUUCAGUUGAAGAGGAUUCCUUUGUCAAGGAAAGUGAAUUGGAGACUCAAGAUGCAAGUGAUCAAGAUGGAAACGAUGAAUUGAAGGACUUCAAAGAAUCUGUUGAAGAUGAGAACUUGAAUUCUAAAGAAAUACUAUCUGCAGAAAAGAAAAGGUACCAUGAUGUGGAGCCAGCAGAGACAACAGAAGAUGUGGAAAAGGAUUCUGAAAGUCAGGAAAAUGAAGGUCCAGAUUUAGAAGAUUACACUUUUCCAACUGUCCAUGAUGCUGAAGAUGAAGAAAAUGAGAAAGAUAAAGCAGGUUCUGGUGAUGGUACACAAGAAGUAUCUAAACCUCUUCCUUCAGAAGAAAGCCUAGCUGAGGCUGAUCACACGGCUCACGAAGAGAUGGAAGCUAACACCUCUGUGAAAGAAGCUGAGGAUGAUAACAUAUCGGUUACAAUCCAGGCCGAAGAUGCCAUCACUCUGGAUUUUGAUGGUGAUGACCUCCUAGAAACAGGUAAAAAUGUGAAAAUUACAGAUUCUGAAGCAAGUAAGCCAAAGGAUGUGCAGGAUACCAUUUCACAGAGCCUGGAGAAGGAAGGCAAGGACUAUGAGAUGACUGAGAACCAUAAAGAUGGUAAGAAGGAAGACUGCGUGAAGGGUGAUCCCGUCAAGAAGGAAGCCAGAGAAGGUUCAAAGAAAGCAGAAUCUGGAGACAAAGAAAAGGAUACUUUGAAGAAAGGUCCCUCGUCUACUGGGGCCUCUGGUCAAGCAAAGAGCUCUACUAAGGAAUCUAAAGAAAGCAAGACAACAUCAAAGGAUGAUAAAGGAAGCGCAAGCAGUGUUAGUGGUAGCAGUGGAAGUUCAACUAGAAACCUGUGGGUUAGCGGAUUGUCUUCCAACACAAAAGCUGCUGACUUGAAAAAUCUCUUUGGCAAAUAUGGAAAGGUACUUGGUGCAAAGGUGGUUACAAAUGCACGAAGCCCAGGGGCAAAAUGCUAUGGCAUAGUGACAAUGUCCUCUAGUACAGAAGUGGCCAGAUGCAUUGCACACCUGCACCGAACAGAGCUGCAUGGACAGCAGAUCUCUGUGGAGAAAGUGAAAGGUGAUCCGUCCAAAAAAGAAUUGAAGAAGGAAAGUGAUGAGAAAUCUAGUUUGAGUAGGAGCAUAGGAGAUAAGAAGACUGCAUCAAGUGACAAAGCCAGCAAAACCCCAUCAACCAAAAAGGAAGAAAAGAAAUCAGAGAAAUCUGAAAAAAAAGAAAGUAAAGAAGCCAAGAAAACAGAAGGUAAAGAUGAGAAGAGUGAUAAUGGAACAAGUGGCCCUAAUCAAGAAUCCACUAAAAAAACUGAAGAAAAGAAAAGAAUAAGUGGUAAAAGCCCAGGUCAAGUUGUAGUUUUAGACCAAACAAAAGGAGACCAAGGCCACACUAGGACAGUUAGAAGGGGAAGGUUUGAUAAACCACAGAUAUUGAGGAACAAAGAGCGUAUUAUUCAAGAGAAAGUGAAAUUCAGGGAAUACAGGGGUAGAAAGGAUAUCUUGCCUUUUGAAAAGAUGAAGGAACAGAGAUUGCGMGAACACAUGGUUCGAUUGGAAAGAAUACGACGAGCUGUUGAACUGCGAAGGCGAAGAGAAAUUGCUGAGCGAGAGCGGCGUGAGCGAGAACGGAUACGAAUAAUGCACGAGCGAGAAGAGUGCCUGCAGAGGGAAAGGGAACGACUGGAGAUUGAGAGGCAAAAGCUGGAGAGGGAGAGAAUGGAACGGGAGCGCUUGGAGAGGGAGCGCGUUCGGAUUGAACAGGAACGUCGGAAAGAAGCGGAGCGAAUUGCUCGAGAGAGGGAGGAACUUCGGCGGCAACAGCAGCAGCUCCGCUAUGAACAGGAGAAGAGGAAUGCUUUGAAACGUCCACGGGAUGUAGAUCACAGGAGAGAUGAUCCUUACUGGAACGAGAGCAAGAAGAUGGCUCUUGAUACAGAUGCACGUUUUGGCCAUGGCUCRGAUUACAGCCGCCAGCAGAACAGGUUCAGUGACUUUGAUCACAGAGAACGAGGCCGAUACCCAGAAGGUUCUUCUGUUCCAUCAUCUUCUUUUGAUAGGCGAGAUCGUUUUGUAAAUCAAGGUGAGGCAAAAAAGACUCGCCCAACAGCACGAAGAGAAGAGCCAGGGUUUGAGAGAUAUCCCAAAAGCUUUAGUGAAUCCAGAAGAAAUGAACCACCCCAGCCAAGAAGUGAACUCCGGGACACGGACAGACGGGAAGUGCGAGGAGACAGAGAUGAAAGGAGAACAGUAAUAAUUCACGACAGACCAGAAAUACCACACGGCCGACAUCCCAGAGAAACUGGUUCCAACCCACCUAGGCAAACAAAUUGGAAGAGUGAGGGAAGCAUAAGCACAGACAAACGGGAUGGCAGCAAUUUUUACAGAGGCGACCGGCCGGAUCGGUCAGGAAGGGAAGUGUCCGGCCACGUGAGGGGAGCACCCCCCGGCAGCCGCAGCAGCGCCUCGGGCUACGGCGGCAGAGACGGAGAACGGGGCGUGAUGGGAGACAGAGGUGGAGGACAACACUAUAACGAGGACAGACACGUUGUAGAGCGCCACAGUCGUGAAACUGGACCAAGGAAAGAAUGGCAUGGACCURGUUCUCAAGGAAGUGGCUACCAUGACACGAGGAGAAUGGGAGAUGGCCGUGGAGGAGGGGCCAUGAUGGCUCCACACACAAGUAAUKCUUCACCCAUUAAUAGAGUUGUACAGAUCACAGGCAAUUCCAUGCAGAGGGGAAGUGGCUCAGGAUUUAAGCCAUUUAAAGGUGGACCUCCACGAAGAUUCUAAGAUCUACAGCUGCUUGGUUUCAAGAUAACUUAUUGAAAUCUCUUGUAAACUUUCUCCGAUUAAGAACAGGAAAUCUUGUCUGGAAAUCCUGGUUAAAUUUUUUUAAUUUAACAUGAUUAUUUUCCUCUCAAUUUUGGAGGCAUUUUAAUAGUUACGUUGUAAUUUUGGAUAGUUUUUGUGUAUCUUUGAUAAGCAUUUUCCUUGAGGCACUAGAGCUGUGUAAAAAGAAAUUGGAACCAAAAUAUUUGUUAAUCCUGUAUAAAAGAUUAGUUUGCAGCUGUGUGCUAGUAGUUUGAUUUGCCAACAUUAGCUCUGUGGUGUCAUGCUUUAAAGUUAGCUACUUCUCACAACAUCCAAAAUAACCUCCAUUUUGAAGGUUGUCCAGGCCAUUAUCUCUGCUUUCUAAUUUGUAGAGAAAUAAGAUUUGUUCUUUCAUUACUGGGUAUUAUGUAACCUAUUUUUGCAGAAGGUACUGUUACAUUGAGUGCAUUUAUGUGUAUUCUUGCAAAUGUAUUCUUUUGAAAUAAACCUUCAUAUUCUGUAUAGCUUCUAGUAAGUCUUUAAAGCAGUCAUUGGAGAAGGAAGGCAGAACUCAACAGACAUGUUGCUAUAGCAAAUCAAAACAUGAGUGCCAUUAGAUUCUAACUCAAACUGCUSUGUUUCCUUCACUGUUACUGAACUGAAAACUUAAAAGCACAUUUACUCACAGAAGAAAGAUGAGAAAAAAAAUAGCAGAACACUCAAGGGAGGCCUAAAGAAAUGAUUUUACUUUGCUCUUUGUGUUUAGGAAAGCUCUGUGGAACUUUGAUACAGCUGUUUAUUUACACCAGACUACCACAAACUCUGUUUUAUAGGGUUUGGGGAAUCCUGCAGCUACUCACUGAUGUAGCCUUGAGCUAAAGGGCUGCAUCUUGUUAAGCCUUUGGGUUUGGGUCAGCAUGGAAGGGCCUGUGUUAAAGCYUUCUGGACCAGGCCCAAUUAGAAAUGCCAGGCAGCCAGGCCAGGACUCGUUUAUCACCAGGUUACAACACUGCUAUUCAUCAAGGGAGAAAAGCAAAUUAAUCCCACUUGGUAAAGCUGGAUGGUGGAUGGUUACCCAAAUGAAUAGGGGACUCCUAGCAGAACAGAAGAGCUUAGGAAGCAGUUCUUGAAUAAGAGCUGAAAAUGUUUACUGGUCCAGAUUGCCUUUGAAAGAAGGAUUUGAGUUACAUUUUUUAAGGCAUGAGGUAGURAGAAGAUGCCGAUUUAUGCUCACUGUGUGGAAGAACUGCUAAGCACCUGCAGUGUUCCAGGGGAAUUUAACUAGCAGAGAAGGAGUUGAAUUAAACUGGUUUUGAGUAAGUAGCCUUUCAAGAAAGAUGGAGAAACCUGGUGGUGUAACAGCAUUAUCUCCAAUUAAAUCCUAUAUUGAUAUUCACAUCUGACAAAUAUUUAGGUUUAAACAAAAGAAAUGCACUGUCCAGCAAGUGUGUCACUUACCUUGAUGUAUUUAAUUCAUCUUGUUCAAUUCUUAAAAAGAAAAAUCUAGGAAGUUCUAUUUACUGAGUUCUGCUGCAGGAGUUUUCAAUAGAAAGUACAAGUUCACGUGCACUGUCAAAAGUACUGUGCAUUUGGCUGCAGUCUGUGCUUCAUCUGGUGUAACACACACACAAAACAAGUAUUUGCUGUAAGAUGAACCUGUAGGGGCUAAUGGAUCAAAUGGGCAAUAGGGAAGUUUAUAACCUUACAUAGAGAGGUAGAGAAAUAAAACAGGAGAGACCCUUGCUUCCCUGUAGAAGUCUAGCUAUGCAUUCCAACAAUUAAAUUAAAAAUGUGAUUGUGCAGGUGUAGAUAUUUCACUUAAAACAAAUGAGGACAAUGGGGAAAAAAACAACAUUGAAAACAAAUUGCCCAAACCUUUGAAUUUAUCAAAUGCUUAAGAGCACCAGAAGUCUAUCCUUUUCUUUUCCAGAGUGAGUUUUUGUUGGGUUAUUGUUGUUUUUUUUUAAGCGUAUCAUCCAACCUUUAUUAUAAGGAAAGAACUUAAAUAUCUAAAUGAAAUAUUUAUUUAAUUUUGCUCACUUAAAUUUAUUUAUAUACAAUGAGUUUCAGAAGACAGUUAACCAAAAUAAAUCUCAGUUGGGUAAAGACCUUGAACUAGAGAGAGGCUGGUAAUGGGACACACUAUUUAAAAGUUAACAGAAUUUAACAGUGUUGUGGUACACAAACAAAAAAGGAUAUUAAGAUACAGAACUGGAUUUCUCUGAAAAUUAUUUGUGUUCAAAAUAAUUGUAACAAUUUACAAGGAAAAUGUUAUUUCCUUAUAGUCUUUAAAAACACAUUAAUACAAUAUAAACAAUUAAGGCUUUUAAAAUGCAAAACAUUCAGUAGUUGAACUUGUAGAUGCCAUUACAGUGUUUGAUAAUGGUGUAACAUGAUGAAAGGGAUUUCAUUCCCMUACAUUGGUACAAAUGAUACUGGAUGACUGGAUUUGUGUCAUGGACUUCUAAAAUACAACUUAAAAAACUCAACUUCUCCCCUCUCUUGCUAAAUCCACAGUCACUUGCAUCAGCUUUAUUUUGCAUUUCCUUCUAAGAUUUAGAUUUAGAGACCAGGUAAACACUGGGUGACUAACAGACUCACAGCCAAACUGCUGAUUUAACACAGGAAUUGCACAAUUCUGGUGGCAUCUUGAAGACAUUGCAAAUCUGGAAGUCUUUUGGAACUUUCCUAAAACAAUAGGGUUUUGCAUAGGGGGUUUUUAUUUUAAAACAUUACAUUGUAAAACAACCCAGUCAAGGCAGUUAAGACAACAACUACUUGACUUAGCAUUGAAGAACUUGGGGCAACUUCUGUAGGAUUCAUUUUUGUAUGUUUUAUCAGUAAUUUCUUUACUAAGCUUAYAUGCAUGUAUGUGUAAAAGGUGAUUAUCACAAGUUGGACAAAUAAKGGCUAUGCAGCUGGUGCCCUGGUAAAAGGAUAAUUGAAAGUAAUUUUUAAAAACUUUCCUAAGAAAUUGUUUUGCUGAAAGCUGUAAUAUAAACCAAAACGCUGUCAUUUGACAUUAAAGCUCUAUCAGGUUAUUAUGGGGAAACUGCUGACAGUAUUUCUCACUCCCUUAUAAAGAAGUUGCUGUAAGGAAUUACCAUAAUACUGAGUGGGUAGUAGCAGACUUAGAAUAUAUUUAUGUGGCACAGGACAAGUAUUUGACACUUCCUAUAGUUCAAAGUACUGCUGUCAAAGUUGUUAGGUUCARCCUGUAAAAAGGGAUUACACACUGCAAAAACACAGGGAAAAAAAAAACAUUCACAGGUGACAUGACCUGCCCAGUACAGUCUGAUAGCAACCUGCAGUAAUUGGUGGUGUUUUUGCAACUACACUAGUAGUUUACAAACAGUAUCCAAACCAGAAUCCUGCUUAUUGUACAGACAUCCAUGUCUGUACUGUAAUUCCCUGAUCCUGAAUUCCAYUCACACUUUUUAGCACUGGUGAUUUCAACAGUUAUCAAAACAUAGAUUAGGAAACCCUUGCUACAAUACAUUUACCUCUUGAAAUCAUUGUACUUAUGGUCACUUUUUAAAUGGGCUCUCCAAAGUUAUUUUUGUUUGCCAGUCCCUAAGAGAAAGCAUGUAAGAAAUCCAGAAAUACAAGCAUACCACUGUAACCCGAGUAUAUGRAAUGCAAACAUGUAAUUAUUGCAACUAUUCAUGAUAAAAAAUGCAAAAGCUGGAUUACAAGUAGUUUAAAAGUCCACAAGCAGACUCAUUGGUUCACUGUAUCUGCAGUGUCUUGAAGACACCACCUACUACUGUGCUUUUCCAAGCAAAGGAUUUUAUUUCCACAGCAAAACUUUUUCCUGUAAAUACAACCAGUAGUAGUUUCUAUACAUGCAGUGGCCAAAAUCUCCACACAUUUACAUACCUCACUGAGAACCUGGUUUCAAACUUUCAGUAGGAAGGGCUUCACCAAAACUCAAUUGUAAACAAAACAGUAAUUAAUAGAAACCAGUUUCUGGCUCUGGUUAAUCUGCAAUAACAAAWGCCCUAAAAUUAAAGAGACCUAUUGAUGCCCUGGUACCAAAAUACUAGAGAAAAAAUUGGCUGUUUUCACAGUUACUUUGGAGUUCCCCAAAACAAGAGAUGACCAGAUCAAGGGUGUUCCUAUUACUCAGCUGAUUUAAGCUUUUUAAGUGAUUUAAAURAGACACACUGGUGUUUCUUCCGAUUGCAGUUCUGACCCUUUCCACAGCAGUGCCAUUAAGCAAAUACAAAAGCCAACACAAGGUUUCUGAUGACGAGUUAUCCCAGCUUUUUUGGGAACACGCUUAGAAGAAAUCUAAAAAGGUUAAACUAAGGUGAAAUUUUCAAAACUGCUUAGUGUAAAUGUAACUUUGAAAAGUUAGAGCUGGAAUUUUAACUCAGAAAGCCCAUCCACAUUUUACUGAAGGCUUCAACAAGGGAAGAGAACAUGUACUUCCAAGACAGACCRAGUAUCCCAUUAUUUCAUCCAGCUGUGAUGGAAAAACUCAGUUUAUCUCAGCUAAAGGCUUUGGCUCAUGAGACUCUGAAAUCAGUCCCCAUGUUUCACAAUAAGUAUCACUUAAGCUGAAUGGGACCUAAACUGAAAUGGUGUCAGCACAAAAGGAAGUUCAAGGGAGUAAUUGAAAAAUAGUAAAAYUUGGCUGAGGUUGUGUCCCUGUCCACCCCAAGAUCUCAGUACAUUUGGCUGAGUGUCUGACUCGAUCAAACAACCCCAUUCCGUUCACUUUUGGCCCCAGCAACACUGACACAGCCCCAGCAGCUGCUGCCUGAAGGGCACAGCUCGGGUGGAGGACAGCAGGGGCAGUGCCUCAGCUCCUGUCUCUGCUGAGUACAUUCACAGCAGCAGCUGCUUUUGGUUUCAUCAGUGUUACAUUAUUUGUAAGCACUGUUUAUACUGAGCUAGAAAACUUUUUAUACUGAGCUAGUAACUUUUGUUACUCUGAGUGCUGAAACUUCAUCUGAAUCAUUCCCUAUGAUUUCCCAAAAACAACACUAUUUUGUUGCACAYUUUUCUAUGCUGACAAGUAGAGGCAAAUGUGGGAUCUUGACUUUUUUCUAAAGAUAAUUAACUGGUUUUAACCUUGCAAAACAAGGAAUUGCCCAUUUCAGCACAUGAAGCUUCCCCACGAGCACACGUAAUCCUACCAACCAGAAAAGGAACAGGGAAGGCAGAUUUCAGCAAGUUCUCUGGAGAAAACUCUGCAGCAAAGAGAGCUCAGAGUGAUAGGACCUGACAUUGACCAAAACUGAACAGUAGGCAACUGACAUUUAAUAAAAACAUUUGGAGCUCUCAGAGGAACAGCACAGCUAGUCCUGACUUUAAAGCACAGUAAGAGUGAAGAGCAGUGUGUCCAAGGACAGACACUGCCAACCUGCCAGGAAAUGAACCUGCUGGGCAUUACCUAGGUGAGAAAAUCCGGCCACUGCCUGCUGUGCCACAGCUAUUUAUGUCCAAAAUAACAGCAGAAUUAAGGACAAAGCCUUAAACAAUCUCAAGAGGUAGCGUGGGGACUUUUAUGUUCCAGCAUAAAAGCAUUAUGCAUAUUAGCAUUCCUCUGUGGCACUUCUUCCCAUCAAAGCAGAUCACAGCCRAGCUUAAAUCCAUUGCUUUUGUACUGGACAAGCUGGGAACAAGAGGGAGCUGUACAGAAACACUGUGAACAUCACACAGACUGUGUGUAAAUGAUGUGGUUUGAGAAGGUGUCACCUCACCCAGUUUCCCCACUCAAUACUAACAGUCUAUUGCUAGUUAUGCUUAAUAAAAAAGGAUGUGCACUCAUCAAGAUGAAAUGCUGUUUUGAGGCUUUAUGUGUGACAUUUGCCAUCUCUGGACUGUAKGAACAUUUGUCACUGUUGGAUUUUUCUUGCUACCAAGGUGUUUUCAUCAUAGCACAGAUGGAAGAACUGGGAGCCCUCUACUGCAACCAAACUACAGCUUUUUAAUUUUUCUUUACUGUAAUAUGCUUUCUCAUGAGGAUUCUGCAUCUAUUAAUGUGCAUUUCCYGAGUCACCUGGUUAAAUGCUGCAACCCUUAAAAAUCUACUUUAAUAUAAAAUAAGCUCUUAAUUCCAUAUGUUGUAUUGGAGGAUGUAGUUUGUAUAGAUUCUGUAAUAAGCAUCCUAAUGCAAAGGGCUGAUCCAAGCAAUGAGCUGUGUUACAGAACCAGUGUAGCAGGAACAAAGAAAGGUUCAGUUAAAAGUACACCAGCUUUACCUUUUACUCAAGUAUUUCCUGCUGAAUGCACAAGAAAAUUCCAUUUCAAGAACUCAAAUUGCCUUUUAUUACAUACUGGAAAUUUUUUUCAAGAGCUUGUGCAUACAAGGUUGAAGAAACAUGGCAGUGUGAAAUACCGAGUGAGUAAGAGCUUGCCUGGCACUCUGCGGUUCCCAGCAGAGCAUGUGCUUCCCUUGGAGCUCCUGUGCCUGUGAGCCACAAGAACAGCUCUGCAAAGACACUCUGAACACAUUAUUUCUUAWAUUAACUACAUGGACAGCUACAAAAAGUAGUUUUUGCACGGUGUUUAAGUGAAUUUUCAGGAAUGCUAAUUUCAUUCUGUGGUGUUAUAAUCCGUUGGAUCUGCUUUCUUGAAUUGYAGAUUCCAUGAGUGUCACAAGAAAAGUGGUGAAUUUGAGCAUUUACAAAGUGCCUUAUAGAAGAACACUUAUCUCUACUGCAGUGCUCAGUUUUUUGCUAAUUUUAAGAAUACUUGUAUGUAGYUUCUUUUAUAUCACAACUAUAAUGCAACAACAAAAAUUCUAUGAUUCUGUUUUCCACUAGAUAAGCGCUAGCACAGAAAACAAGUUCUACUCUACUUUUCUGGACACUUUCAUAUAUAUUAUGUAGAUAUUUGGAGCAUGUGCAUGCUAAAUUGUAUAAAGAGAUUUAAAGUAUAAAUCUAUACCCUUUUGCCAGAACAUGAGUUGGAGAAAAAAAAAAAGAAAAAAAGGCAAAUGAAGUAAAUAGAUAUUGUCUUCCUGGUACUCCAAGACUAUAUUGCGCAAUAUUGUUUUCCAAGCUCACUUCAUAUCGAUAAGAGCAAUUCUGUUCAGGUUUUUUGAUCCUCAGAUACUGUCAGAGAUACUGUGACAGGUGCUUUUGGAAUGGUUACUCCCAGCAGGGCAUAAAUUAAGCUUCCAGAUGUAUUUCAUUUUGGAUAUUAGGAAGCUCAACCACUUAUAACUUUUGCCACUAACAAGUUCAACCCAUGCAGCCCUAGAUUUCAGGAAUUCUUUACCUUUUUUUCCAAAGCCUCAAGACCUGUAAAGAAAAAAGGAUGUUAACAGAGGACUGUUUUAAUCGUGUGCCCUCCAUCUCAAAUACCCUUGAAACCCUUUACUCCUUUAUUGAAAGAAACGGAAUUAUCUGGGAGUUCUGACUUAAUGAUGAGCWUUGCAUUUAACUCUUCUUCCUCUGGGACCAAAUGACAGUAAUUCCUCUAACUACAGUGUAUUAGAUUUCAGGCACAUCUGUCUGAAACUGGAAAUGUUACAUGAAUUCUUCUAAUAUGAACAAGCAUCUUAGGCAAAGAGAUAUCCUCCAUAGCCACAACAGCUAGAUUCCUUCCAAAGUGAGUUAAAGUGGCAAUACUAUUACUGAAAAUAAUAACGAACACUUUGUGCGACAUAUUUAUUUUUCAAGGUCAAUAAAUAAAUGUAAUUAUACAAAUUUGGAAAAGUCUUAGUAACAGAAUGUUUUUAAACAACAUUCUGGCUUAAAGUCUCCUUUACUGACACUACUGGAAUAGUUUCUCAUCUACUUAAAGUAGCUAAGUCAUUAUGUUGGUGAUCCUCCACCACAUUAAUUUG